ACAGCAUGGUGGUGAAAUGACUGAACAUUACUCCGCCUACGUCUCGUUCUGUGGAAGUUUACCGAGCCCUCUCGACUCGGUAGUAGUUUCAGUUUUAAAGGCGGUGGAUAUCUACCGUAUUUCUGCUCUAAUUUAGGUCAAGCCUUUACCUAGCCACGUUGUUUUUUCUCCUGAGACACUGAAGGCUGCAAAGUGCGUUACUUUGUCAUCUUUUCGACAAUAACAAAACAGACCACUGACAGACAAGAUGUGCCAAAACAUAGUGUGGCUUUUCCUGCUGUGCAAGAAAAUCCCCACAUUCUAAAUAUAUAUAUACAUCACCAUAUCGCUCAACACCAGCCCUGAUGUUUGUCUAGUCUACUUACUGUAUCUCGAUCAUGUAUGAACUUGAACGUGAGGGCAGGAAAUAAAGCGCGCUCCUCCGUGUAGUGGCACAUCGUGCGUAACAGGGAAGUAAGACUAACCUACUUUCUACGUUGUUAAAAGUUGUUCGUGCCUACGCAUUCUUCUCGGCGCUCAAAACUCAUUUAUCCUCGGUUUAAAAAACGACAGUAACCGUCCAGUUUUCGGCGUCAAAUUGAGUGAUGGAGGCAGGAAAUGUUCAGUAGGAUAUUCGGAGUGGCGGUGUACUUAUGAGACAGAAGAGGAGGAAGAGGCGACGGAUCACAACAGUUUGUCAAUGUUUUGCUGAAGCCCUGCUCGAUCAUGGCCCAGUGGAUGCACAUGACCCAGCUGAUACAGUACCUGCCUGGACCGACAGUCAAUGACCUCUACCCCUCAAAUUCCUUCCCCAUAGAAGUCAGACAUUUUUUAGCUGAGUGGAUUGAGAAACAAAGAUGGGAGGACUUUGUACUGGAAAAGGUGGAGCAGGAGGGCCAGGCUAAGGCUCUGUUGGACCAGAUCAUCAACAUGCUGCAGUCGAUGGCUCAGGAGAACGCCAAUGUGGUGGAGAAGAUGAAGCUGUUGCAGAUCAGCAGAAGCAUGACCAGUUUUCAGCAGCAGCCUCUUCAGUUUGGAGUGAUGGUCAGGGACAUGCUCAGGAAGGAGAGGACCCUGCUCAGAGCUCACCCCACAGUAAUCAGCCCUCCACAGUACCCACAGUACAGAGAGUCCUCGUUCUCCAACAUGCAGGAUGUGGACAACCUGGUUUUCAAGGUGCUGGAGGUCCAGGAGGUCCGGCAAACGAUGCACCAGUUGCAAGAGGAGCUCAACUGGGAGAGACAGAACUACGAGUCUAUAGGGACAAUCCAGCAGAACGGACUGGAUCCCACCACUGCAGAAAUCCAGAAACUCCAGAACCACAUCCAGCAGCUUGAGUACAAAGUGAAAGCCAUGGCCACGAAGCGAUUCCAGUUGCUGAAGGAGUGUGUGGACUGUCUGGACCAGUGUCAGACCCGACUCAUCAACAGGCUGAAGGUGUGGAGGUGGGAGCAGCACAAAGCCACCAUUGGACAUCCCUUUGACGACAACCUCAAUCUCCUGCAGACCUGGUGUGAGCAGCUGCUCGGGGUGAACGGGAAGCUGAGACAGGAGCUGAUGCUGAUAGGGGAACCAAUCCCAGAGCUCCAGGAAAGGCUUGGGCAACUUUUGCAAGUUCUGAUUCAAAGCUCUCUUGUAGUGGACAAGCAGCCCCCUCAGGUCAUUAAGACUCAGUCAAAGUUCUCCACUACUGUGAGAUAUCUGCUGGGGGAGAAAGUGGCUCCCGGGAAGCCUGUGCUGCUGAAGGCGCAAAUCAUCACUGAGCUGCAGGCCAGGAGCCUGGGCAGUGUACCCAGUGAUAACGUCGGGGAACUGAUCAACAAUACAGCCAUCCUAGAACACAACACAGCCAGCAAGAGCACAUGUGCCACCUUCAGGAAUAUGUCCAUCAAGAAAAUCAAGAGAGCAGACAGAAAGGGAUCAGAGUCUGUGACAGAAGAGAAAUUUGCCCUCCUGUUCUCAACGGAGAUUAGCAUCACAGGCUGUGACACUCCCUACAGGAUACAGAUGAUCUCACUGCCGGUAGUCGUCAUUGUCCACGGCAGCCAAGACAACAAUGCUCUGGCCACCAUCAUAUGGGAUUGUGCUUUUUCAGAACCAGACAGAGUGCCAUUCGUGGUGCCGGAGCGUGUGCCGUGGAAGCUGAUGUGCAGCACUCUCAACAGUAAAUUCACCUCCGAGGUUCAGACGCAGCACAACCUGGAUCAAUACAACCAGCACUUCUUGGCCCAGAAAAUCUUUGAUAAGCCUGACUUUGCUGACGACUUCAGCAACAUGAUGGUUUCCUGGGCUCAGUUUAAUAAGGAGGUUCUCCCAGGUCGACCGUUCACUUUCUGGCAGUGGUUUGAGGGAGUAAUGGACCUGACCAAGAAGCACCUGAAGACCUACUGGAGUGACGGGCUGAUAUUCGGUUUCAUUGGGAAGCAGCAUCUACACCUGAUUCUCAAAGACAGGCCCAACGGGACAUUCUUGCUUCGCUUUAGUGACUCUGAGAUCGGAGGCAUCACAAUUGCUUAUGUGUCCGCUACUGAGAAUGGGGGACAAAAAAUCCAGAACAUCCAGCCCUUUACUAAGAGAGAUCUUGAGAUCCGUAGCCUUGGUGACCGCAUCCAAGACAUAAACCACAUAACGUUUCUGUAUCCUGAAUAUCCUAAACAUAAGGCUUUCCACAAGUAUUACACAGAGCCUCAACAUCCACCCAGUGGGGGCUACAUCCCUGUAUCGCUCCAUACUAAAGUGGGAAUGGACUCUGGCUCAGCUGCAGUCCCUGGUUCCAAUAUACCACCUCAUGCUGAAAGCCCUCACAAUGCUGUUCCCUACCCCAUGGACUCUGGACCAGCUGCACUCCCUGUUCCCAAUAUGGCACCUCAUGCUGAAAGCCCUCACAAUGCUGUUCCCUACCCCAUGGACCCUGGAUCAGCUGCACUCCCUGUUCCCAAUAUGGCACCUCAUGGUGAAAGCCCUCACAAUGCUGUUCCCUACCCCAUGCAUCAGUUCCAGCAACCAUUCAGCCCUCAAGAGUCCAUCACUCAAGACCAAAUGGAAACUUCAGCAUCUCCUUCUGUGGAUUUCAACCCAAACUCUCCUGUUGUCUUCCCGCAUGACAUGGGCACAACUGACAAUAUGGACCUAGUUUUAGACACUCUUCUGAAGAAUCUGGGGCAAUAGGAGGAUUUCCCAUCAGUGCUGUUCUUAGAGUGUAAAGAAGACAUCGAACAGAUACCGGAGACAAACUCGCCUGUCUUACCUUCAUAUGAAAAGAUUGCUACAGUUUGUGCAGACUUUCUCCCUACACUUACAUCAUCAUCCAUCUACAGCCUCAUCUACUUGUAAGUAAAAAGUUGUCAGAGACUAAUGUGAUUUCUCUUGGACUCAACACGAUGAGCUGGUGCUACGUGGAAGCAGGAAAUCAUUGCAAGUAAAACCAGAACGAAAAGUACUGUCAUCUGCAACUUGCUGUGCACCUUUUUUAAAACCUUUUCUUCACUCUCACCUGGUGGUAGGUUUGUUGAUGUCAAUUUCUUUGUUCAUCUGUUUGUACUACACUCCCUGCAUUUUGGAAAAAAAAGCAAAUUGCUGUACAGAUUACAGUGCUUAUCCAACAGCUUAACAGAAUUUAACAUGUGUGACAGCAGACGCUCAUGAAAGCAUAAUGAUAAUAUGACAUCGCCACUCAGUGGUCAGUCAGCUAGCAGAGAUUAUAUUCGAGAUUAUGGAACAUAUUGCAUGUUGUUCUCUGUGCUUGUUGCAUGUUUUUUAGUCACGAUGAGGCAAGAAUAUUUGAAGAGUAUUUCCCUGUUGUAUAUAACUCUUCCUUGUGAUUAAAAAGCAUGGCUAAGCCUCAGUUAUAGUAUGUUGUACACUCAUUAUCACAGAAAUGCACAGUGUGCAUGAUAAAUACUUCAUAAUUUAGUCAUUGGCCAAUCAGUGUUUGUAACCCUAACCUGCUCUGUGGUAUAGUGAGGAUUAGGAACAAGAAAGGAACAAGAAGCUUCUCCAUAACUGUUGACUGUGAAACUAUACCACAUCACAUAUAAUACAGCAGAUGAUAUUAAUAGUGAUGAUGACGGUGGGAGGAAAUGCUGAUAUUGUAUCUGUCCAAUUAAAGACUCCAAUGGGUGUUUUCUGUUAAAUGUAUAUUGUAUGCAUCCAAUCCUAUUUUUUGAGCAUAAAUGUUACAUGGUUUUGAUUCUGUAUUUGAGUCUAGAUGCCCUGAUGCAAAAAAAAUUGCUAUUUGUUGUUUUUUUCAGUAUUUGAGUGAUAAAACUGUGAUAGAAAUGGUGAACAUAAAUGAUCAAAAAUAUUUUCCCAAACCUUAAUUGUUACAUUAAUUUUUAAUUAAUGUAGCAAAAUGAAUGUCAUGCUGUUUGGAGUCUUUUUUUUUUUAACACAUUCACAUUCAUGUGUCAGGUUCUUGUUCUUUGUUGUUGGGCUUGUGUGUUUUUUAAAGAUUAAAAUAGGGAUAUAUAUAUAUAAGGGAUAUAGUACAACAUAAAAUGAAAAUCUAAAGUAAAGAAGUAAUUAGUGCUGCAGUUAACAGUAAAACUAUAUAAUGCUGCUGGGGAUGCAUGUGUCUUUGCUUCGUGGGAGCUCUAAAUGAUUUUAGCAGCUUUUAUUCACUGGUCUGAAUGUAUAUCAAGCAAUCUUCCCCACAAACCUUAAAAGCUUUGCACUACCUACCAUCACAUUAUCAAUGUUGUGUGUAUACAGUAAUAGUAUAAAGGUGUGUUAGAUGUACCUGGUAUGUUAGAUUAAAAACCUUUUGUAUCUUGUGAAUCAACUUUUGGAUAAAUCACCCCAAAGCUACAAUCAAUAUAAUCUUUCAUCUGUGGUGACAAAUAAAAUCUCAGUUUUUCUCAAAAUAU